GUGCAGUGCAGAAUAUUGGCCAAUCCGCGGGGAUAAAAACAGCUUCAACGCAUUUGUCUCGUCACUUUAGAAAUCAUCCUAAAUCAAGCAACAACAAUGCUCGGAAAUGGGCUAAAGGUGGCGCUGCUGGCAGCGGCUGUAGCGUGCUACGUGCAACCACAGCUACUGCUACAGCCUAUGGUUGGCUCGGAUCUGGAUGGUGCGGACGUCGAUGCGUCUGUGCGCGUGCUGCGCGGCCUGCUGACUCUGCUGAGCUACGGACUGGCCAGCGUCCGACCUUCUUGGUUUUGGGUGCUCGUGGUAGUAGCAGCACUGCAGCUCAGUCUAUGGGGUUUGCAGCUGGCCGAGGACUCAUUACUGGGGUUGAGCGUGGAGGCCGAGAAGAAGCUGUUCCUGGUGGGCGCUGUGGCCUGCUUCGGAGCCAUCGUGAGCAUCAUUCUGUUCGGAGGCAAAGGCGACGCCAAAGCACGUUUUCGGAAGCGACUGGUGGCGUUUUACACAAAGCACAACCCGAAGAAGCUCCGCGAGGUGGAUGAUUUAGUGGAGAAGUACGAGUUCAACGAGGAGCUAUUGUUCCAGCGACUGCACCGGAAGUACAAUGCACUAGCUGCUGGAGCGGAUAACCACUCGGUCAUGAAGCACAUUGACGAGAGCGAGUUCCUGUAUGAAGAAGCAGAAGAAGAGAGACUGGAGUCGGACGAGGAGGAGGAGGAGGCAGAAAAAGAAGCUGCUUUAAUCCCAGCGGAAGAAGAGGAGGACGAAGAAGAGAAGCCAGCACGUUUAUAUACUGCACCGCAGAGCUCAGGCAGCAGUGGGAGUGAUGAAAGCUACGAGGUUGUCGAAAAGAAGACUGUACCACCGAUUCGUCCGAUGGAAAUUGAGGACUAUGACGAACUCGACGGCACACCUCCCAUAUCGCCUCGCACUGCCGAAAAACUAGCCCACACGCACCGCCAGUCAUCCACUCUGAUCAAGGACGCUAUUGCACAAGCGCGCCGUGCUCAGCAGGAACGCAUUGAGCGUCGCAUUGCUAACAUCGCGUCGAGAAGCGGAGACGGCUAUGCCGGACAUUAAUUAACGGACCACAAGUCAGCAAUUUUCGGAAGCGUUAAGUGCUUUUUGGUAGGAUGGUAAAGCAGCAGAUCAAGCAAGAAAAGAAAUCAUAAGUAUACCCGAGCUCUUUUAUCAUACGUGG